AUGCCAAACUGUGUAUAUUUCCUGAAACCACGACUCUUUCUUCAGGCAUUGAUUUUCAACAUUAGCGGAUUGGUCAGCGAAACUCAUGUGCCAGUUUCCGAGGCGAUGGAGAGACAAGCCUGGAUUAGAAAGCCAAAGAGAGAGGAUCCCAAGGAUGGACACGUCGGCAGAUCAGGAGAGGCUACCCCGAUCGGCGUCGCGAAGGGCAUGUGCAAUAGCCAACAAAUGGGCCGGUACCGGCAACAGCAAGGCCCAACUGGUCGGGGGAAAAGGGAGAUCUGCCACUUCGAAAGGCAGCAACGGCAGAUCAAGUAUCAAUCUAAUUGCCCGCCCGACUGCCCGACCAACCGACUGUGUGACUGCUCAGCUGCCAAAUGUCUAACUUACCGCCUGACAGCCCGACUGUUCAAAUGUUCAACUGUUGCCCGACUGACCAACUGUCCAUCUGUCGGCCUGACAGCCAGUCUGAGCCAUUUUCUUUUAAGCCUUCAUCUCUCUGGUCUGGUAACCAGGACCUUUCUAAAUUUAUCUUUCUAUUCAUCAAUUGAGAUUAGCAGAAUUCUCUCUAAGCAUCAGAAAGUCAGUCUUGCAUGCUUUAAAUACUCUGGCGCACCAGUACCCAUGGCGGUGUGGCAGAAUGGCGGGGUGAUAUCUUGCCUCUUGGCAGGCACGAUCCAGUUUCCAUUUCCGUUGGAGAUGAUGAUGGCAGCAGGGCGAGGUUAUGCCUGCUUUGCAAGGCAAUUUGAGACAUUCAAUUAUCCGUUUUUCCCAAACUUUACGAAAUGUAAACUGACGAAUGCUAUCAUUAAUUAUUAUUAG